CUGUUUGAAGAAAAAGCUUUGAAGUAUCCAAAAGAGCUUAGAGAUUUCGUACUCGCUGGCAUCUCUACCACUUCCUUCAGGUGUGCAGAUGUCGAUCAUCUGACGGCUGAUGUUCGCGUCGGCGCGCGGCUAUCGCGAAUAGAUGAGUGGUGCGGUGAUCAUACACCACCACAGCUGAUGAGCAGCACCAACCUCUUACAGCUCGAAUACACAACGAAGUCCUCGCGAGCACUGCGAGAAAGUGCGAAGAAUGAUUUGGGCUUUCGAUUGGAGUAUAAGUUUCACACCGACUGGGAUAUGCAACAUAUGCGAGCUCGAGGAGAUCGUGAUAAAGGUUGCCGCUUUGUAUUUAACUCGUCUGUACAAAGCAGCGGUAAACUGUGGAGUGUGAACUACCCAGGGUUGUACCCAAGAUCGCUGUAUUGCGAGUACAUAUUUCAUGGUAGCGAUGAACAAAUCGUUCACAUUCAUUUUGAGUACUUCGACGUCGAAGGAUUUAACCAAUGCGAUGAGACAACACAAAGUGACUUCGUAUUGUUCAGCAACUAUCAGACCCAUGACAGAACAAAUCGAAGAUUUUGUGGAAAGGUAGCCCCGAGAGGACCAAUUUUAUCGGAAUCAAAUUACUUCCGAAUGAUUUUCUCAACGAAUGACAUAUUCGAUGCCACUGGAUUCUAUGCUCACUAUCAAUUCAUCACUCAACGUGAGUAUUUAGAGUACAUGUUUUAUCUUUUGGAUGUAUUGCUAAGAAAUCCGUCAUAA